GUAAAAGCAAGAUGGUGAGAUAUACUUGCCACACAGAAAAAAUGUUGAAGCCAUAUUAAUUAAUAUUAGAUCUGUAAAAGAUAUAAACUUGUAUAAAAUAUAUGGAGUUGAAUGCCUGUCAUGCUAAUUUAAUUAUUUGGGUUGUCAUGCAUUUUAGAUAUCAGGUCAUUUAAAAUAUGGUUUCUUUGCAGUUACCAAUCCUGCUGGCAGCUAUGAUUAUUUGUUGUAUAUUUAGAGCUCAAAUUUAAGACCUUUAAUUAAGAGACAUAAAUUCUUUAUUAGUUGAUGUAAGCGCCAGAUAGUUCUUGAAAUAAGCAUUGAAUUUAAACCAAUAGAAGAAUUAAUUUACAUAAUAAUAUAAUAUAAUUUUUUUGUAAUUAUAAUGUACUAUUAAACAUGCAAUAAAUUUUUAGACGAUUAUUUUUUUUUAACCUGAUUAAAAGAUAAUCGUUGUCAAAGAAUCAUAGCUAUAGACAUUGACACAUUAUUCUUUUUUAUAAUAUCUUAAAUAAAAUAUCUAUCAUAUUUUUUAAUUCUUAUUCUUAUUCUUCCCUUCCCAUGGUGGUUGUUUUUUUUAAUAAAUAUUUUCAAGAGGGAAUAUCAAUUAGAUUCCAAAAAAAUUGAUUAAAAGACAUUGAUCUUCCGGACAAAAUUUAAUGAAAAAUAAAUUAUUAAUAUUAAUUUAAGUAAUUAUAAAUGAAAUUUUUUAUUAUAAUUUUAAAAUUAUAUUUAAUAUUUAAAUACUUAUUUAUAAUUAUAUCGAUUGAUAUUUUAAAUUUAUUAAUUUAAUAUGUUGGAACCUCAUUCCUCUUUUUUUUUUUUUUUUGGUUAAUUUUUUAAAGCGUAGUUCACCCGCGAGGCGAUUUCCACGAGGCAACACGGAAACGAACCAUAGAGAAAUCAACUCCAAAGUGCUUUCAUUCCUUGACAAGUAAAGAAGCAUCGAAGACCGGAAAUGUGGUGCAAAGGAUCAAGGACAACGAAAAAGCUCGAAACUUUCAAACGAGCUCAAGCUUAUGAGAGAGAGAGAGUGAGAGAGAGAGAGAGAGAGAUGUGAGAGUGAGUAUAGCAUUCUGGGUUUCUCCCGAUUUUGCAGGUUUUCUUCUGGCCUGGUGAAGCGUUUUCUCGAAGUGCAGAAAGCUCGAGAAAAUGUCGAGAAACGAGGUGGGGGAGAGCGUGCCUAUUCUUUCUUCAAAUAACGGAGUUAGAGCGAGACCGGACCUGUUCUUAGUGGCGUGUAGAUGCUUCAGCUUGCUGACCAGUUUGGCUGCCAUUCUCUGCAUAGUCUUCAAUGUUCUAUCUGCUAUAAGGAGCUUCAAGCACAUAUCUGGUAUUUUCGAUGGCAUAUUUCGAUGCUAUGCGGUUUUGAUAUCUUGUUUGGUAGUUCUGGCUGAAACAGAAUGGAGCUUGAUCAUGAAGUCAUUCAAGGCUUUGGAGUGUUGGCCUUGCAGGGGUAUGCUACAGAUCUUUGUUGCAGUAAUGACAAGAGCCUACCCCAAUUUUGUUGGGGAGCGAACAGAAUCUAUUCUUCAGAACGUAGCAUGCUAUCUGCUUCUUGCUUGUGGUGUACUUUAUGUUGUUUCGGGAAUCCUAUGUAUUAGCUUUAUGAAAAGUGCUCGGGAACAGAGGGAGACCUUAAGAGAGCAAGCAGCUAAGGAUCUGGAGGAGUUGGAACGGCGUAGAGAAGAGCUUGAACGUCUGCUUCUUGCAGAAAGAGUAUGAAAGCUUUUGAAUCAAGAAAUGCCGAAACAGUCUCAUGCUACAUGGUGAAGGUACCUCCAACAAGCAACAGCAACGUCAUUCAGUUUAUGAUAUUGCAUGCGUGAACACUGUAUUUUUACUAUGAACAUGGUACGACAAUGUCGUUUUGUACAUUCUUUCUCUCUGUCACUCUCUUGUAUCCUUUGUAACUAUUGAACCUUGUUCUACUAGUAGAGCAAUUGACUGUAGCCAAUUCCGUGGAAUCUAUGAACACUUCAUGUAAAUACCCUCCUUGACAUGAAAAUAACAACAAUUUGGAGAGUUGUUUUGUAUAGUGUU